AUCGCACUCCGUCAUCUCCUCAGCUGCUACCGCAGCACCCUCAUCGACCAUGCCUGCUCAAUCCACUCUAUCGAGCGAGGAAAAAGGCAAAGUCAAAAGCGUAAUCAACACCGCUACAAACAAGAUCCUCACUGCCGCGCUCGCACGAAUCUACUAUGCAUACCCCCAGCCGGACGAGUGGUCGUACGCCGGAUUGCAAGGUGCUCUUGCGUUCGUUCAGGACAAGUCGAAGAACGCACUUUUCCUGAGGAUGGUGGACCUGGCGGGAACACGCGGCGUUAUUUGGCAGCAUGAGCUGUACGAGGGAUUUGAAUACUACCAGGACCGUCCGUUCUUCCACUCGUUCGCCGGUGAUGAAUGUAUGAUUGGUAUCGUUUUCUCCGAAGAGAGUGAAGCGAAGACGUUCUACAAGAAAGUAACGACGACGAAAGCCGACGCUCCUGGUAUGUUUACCGAGCCCGCACGAAUGCCGAACAAUGGACGACCUUCCCUCUCAGUUUCCCUCUCAGAGAAGCCGAAUGCAGCUCCAGCGAGAAAGAAGACGGUUAAGGGUGGACGAAUUGACAAGUCUAUGAUUUCUGGGCCCACCGCCGGGUCGUUCAAGCACGUUGCCCACAUGGGCUACGACCCUAUUUCGGGAUUCACAUCUACGAACGUCGACCCAUCGUGGUCUGCGUUCCUAAGAGAGCUGGAGGGACACGGUGUCUCGCGAGAUCUGCUCGAGCAGAAUAUGGAGUUCAUCAAGGACUUCGUUAAGGAUGCACAGAAGAAUGCUCCUGGUGCCGCUGCUGCUCCAGCGAAGAAGCCACCUCCACCCCCAGCGCCGCGGCGAGCCCGUCAGCAGGAAAGCGUCUCGAUACCUCCAACAGCGCCACCGCCUCCACCCCCUGCAGCUCCUGCGCCACCGCCUCCUGCAGCUCCUGCGCCACCACCUCCUGCAGCUCCAGCACCAUCGCCUCCUGCAGCUCCAGCACCUCCACCUCCUCGUGUGCCACCGACACGCGCUCCCCCGCCAGCUGCUCACCCACCAUCGCCUCCACCGUCCGCUCCUCCAGCCCCUCCGGCGGUACCACCCCCACGACCUCAGGCUGCACCUCCUGCACUGCCCUCUGCGCCACCUCCGCCAGCGCCUUCUCGCAGCCCUGCGCCGCCUGCUCCUGCGCCGCCGCCUCCGCGUCCCACGGCGGCACCACCUGCACCUCCUCCGCCACCACCUACACGUCCCGCUGCGGCACCACCUGCGCCUCCCACGCGCCGGCCAUCCCCGCCGUCCAGUGCACCGCCAGCUCGUCCACCGCCUCCCCCAUCCGGUGUUGCACCCCCGCCUCCUCCUCCACCACCUCCCCCAUCCGGUGGUGCACCCCCGCCUCCUCCUCCACCACCUCCUCCAUCCGGUGGUGCACCCCCGCCGCCUCCUCCGCCGCCUCCUCCCCCAUCAGGCAGUGUUGCUCCUCCACCUCCGCCGCCUCCACCUCCGCCUCUGGGGGGUGCUCCUCCUCCGCCUCCACCGCCGCCCCCCGCCGGCGGUUCGGAAGAGUCGAAGGCCAUCGAAGGAUUGCCUGCUCCGCAGCCUGGGCGAGGCGACCUGCUCGCCUCCAUCCAAGGUGCAGGCGUCCAUAUGCUUCGCAAGCGGAGCGAUUCCGCCGCACCAGCCCGCGUCGCAUCUCCACCGCCUGCGGAAGAGGCAUCCUCGGGAGGCGCUGGUGACCUUACUGCGGCAUUGGCUGCGGCGUUGCUGGAACGGAAUAAGAAGAUGGGAGAGAGUGAUGAGGAGGAAGAGGAAGAUGAUGACUGGGACUGAUGGUUCUAUCUUACAUACUGCCGUUAGCGUUACUUCCGACUGCGCAUGCACAAACAUAUUGGGUACGCUUUGAAGAUAUUACUCUAUUGAAUAUUAUUAUCUAUGUAAUCACUUCACAAGCAAUGCCCAUGAGUCAGUUGCCAAGAGGUAUAUCUUUCAACCAAAUCAUGAACCUAUGAUUUACGGCAACCCUGAAGUUCAUAUGUACUCUCCAUAGGCGGACAAUGGAAAGGCUCU